AUGGAUUUUGAUCUUUCGGUAUUAACAAAGCCAGGACGGCUACACUUUGGAGCUAUCCAAGCUGAGAUUUACCGAGCUCCUGAAGUCAUUCUUGAUUCUGGUUAUACCUUUUCGGCUGAUAUAUGGAGUUUGGGUGUCCUUGUAUGUAUAACCACUUGCUAACAGGAAAUCUUGUUGAAAACAAACUAACACUACCGUUCAUAAGCUCUGGGAUUUAUUAGAGAGAAAACGUCUGUUCGACCCACACACACCUGAAAAGCCGGACGAAUACGAUGAUGCGGUACACCUUGCCCAAAUAACAAGCUUACUUAGUUACCCACCUGGUAGUCUUGUUUCUAGUGGACGGAGGAGUUCUAGGUUCUACGACGACAAUAGUGAGUUCCAUUUGCACCAUCAAUCAGAACGUCUAAGUGACAAGUAUAGACCCGGAAAUUCCGAAAGGCUCUCAGCCACUUUCCCGUAAUGUCAGCUUUGAGGGUAGUAUUAACCAGAUCAAGGGCGAGGAGAAGAGCAGGUUCAUAAGUUUUGUGAAGAGAAUGAUCAAAUGGAAACCAGAGGAAAGAAGCACCGCGAAAGAAUUGCUCGGAGAUCCUUGGCUGUACGAGGACUUCCCCCAAGAUUAA